AUGAAUGAGACGGACCCUAAGAGCAUCAUCAAGAGCAUCUGUGACCUCAUGACCGAGCACUGGCUGCAGGGCGUGGUGUUCGGGGACGACACCGACCAGGAGGCCAUCGCCCAGAUCCUGGACUUCAUCUCCGCCCAGACCCACAUCCCCAUCCUCGGAGUCCGGGGGGGCUCGUCCAUGAUCAUGGCUGCCAAGGACGACAACUCCAUGUUCUUUCAGUUCGGCCCCUCCAUCGAGCAGCAGGCUUCGGUCAUCCUCAACAUCAUGGAGGAAUACGACUGGUACAUCUUCUCCAUCGUCACCACCUACUACCCGGGUUACCAGGACUUCGUCACCAAGAUCCGUAGCACCGUGGAGAACAGCUUCGUGGGCUGGGAGCUGGAGGAAGUGAUCUUACUCGACAUGACCGUGGACGACGGAGAUUCCAAGAUCCAGAACCAGCUGAAGAAGCUGCAGAGCCCGGUCAUUCUUCUCUACUGCACAAAGGAAGAGGCCAACACCAUCUUCGAGGUGUCCCACUCUGUCGGGAUCACCGGCUACGGCUACACCUGGAUCUCACCCUCUCUGGUCGCUGGAGACACUAUCUCCGUGCCGUCGGAGUUCCCCAUAGGUCUGCUCUCCGUGUCCUACGACGAGUGGGACUACGGCCUCGAGGCCCGUGUCCGCGACGGCGUGGCGAUCAUCACCAUGGCGACCUCCACCAUGAUGAUGGACCGCGGACCCCACACCCUGCUGAAGUCCGAGUGCCACGGAACCCCUGAAAAGAAGACCCCCAUCUCAGGCAACCCCAACGAAGUGCUCAGGUACCUGAUGAAUGUGACGUUCGAGGGACGUAACCUGUCGUUCAGCGAGGACGGAUACCAGAUGCACCCCAAGCUGGUCAUCAUCCUGCUCAACAAGGACAGACAGUGGGACCGGGUGGGUAAAUGGGAGAACGGCUCCCUGUCCAUGAAGUACCAUGUGUGGCCUCGCUAUGAACUGUAUGGGGGGGCAGCGACCAGGGAGGAUGACCACCUGUCCAUCGUGACCUUGGAGGAGGCUCCGUUCGUCAUCGUGGAAGACGUGGAUCCGCUGAGCGGGACCUGCAUGAGGAACACUGUGCCCUGCCGGAAACAGAUCAAGACACUUAAUCAGACGAAGGACUCGGGGAUCUACAUCAAGCGCUGCUGUAAAGGUUUCUGCAUCGACAUCUUGAAGAAGAUCGCCAAGACGGUGAAGUUCACCUACGACCUUUACCUGGUCACCAACGGCAAACAUGGCAAGAAGAUCAAUGGGACGUGGAACGGCAUGGUGGGGGAGGUGGUGCUAAAGAACGCGCAUAUGGCCGUGGGCUCCUUGACCAUCAACGAGGAGAGGUCAGAGGUCAUCGACUUCUCAGUCCCCUUCAUCGAGACGGGCAUCAGCGUGAUGGUCUCCCGUAGCAACGGCACUGUUUCGCCCUCGGCCUUCUUAGAGCCCUUCAGUGCGGAUGUGUGGGUGAUGAUGUUUGUGAUGCUGUUGCUGGUGUCAGCAAUGGCUGUGUUUAUAUUCGAGUACUUCAGCCCUGUGGGCUACAACCGCUGUCUGGCUGACGGCAGAGAGCCUCACGGUCCAUCCUUCACCAUCGGUAAGGCCAUCUGGCUGCUGUGGGGUCUGGUCUUCAACAACUCUGUGCCUGUGCAGAACCCCAAAGGCACCACCAGUAAGAUCAUGGUGUCGGUGUGGGCCUUCUUCGCUGUCAUCUUCCUGGCCUCCUACACUGCCAACCUGGCCGCCUUCAUGAUCCAGGAGGAGUACGUGGACCAGGUGACCGGUCUGUCGGACAAAAAGUUCCAGAGCCCGAACGACUUCUCGCCCCCCUUCCGGUUCGGCACCGUCCCGAACGGGAGCACGGAGAGGAACAUCAGGAACAACUAUCCCGAGAUGCACGGCUACAUGACCAAGUUCCACCAGAAGAACGUGAACGAGGCUCUGGGCAGUCUGAAGGCUGGCAAACUAGACGCUUUCAUUUAUGACGCGGCCGUGCUCAACUACAUGGCCGGCAGGGACGAGGGCUGCAAGCUGGUGACCAUCGGCAGCGGCUACAUCUUCGCCACCACGGGCUACGGCAUCGCCAUCCAGAAGGAGUCGCUGUGGAAGAGACACGUGGACCUGGCCAUCCUGGGGCUUUUUGGAGACGGUGAGAUGGAGGAGCUGGAGUCCCUUUGGCUGACGGGGAUCUGCCACCACGAGAAGAACGAGGUGAUGUCCAGCCAGCUGGACGUGGACAACAUGGCGGGCGUCUUCUACAUGCUCGGUGCCGCCAUGGCUCUGUCGCUCAUCACCUUCAUCUGCGAGCACUGGUUCUACUGGCAGCUUCGCUUCUGCUUCAUGGGCGUGUGCACCGGCCAGCCCGGCUUCGUCUUCAGCAUUAGCAGGGGCAUCUGGAGCUGCAUCCACGGCGUGCAGAUCGAGGAGAAGAGCAGCUCGGCCCUGAACUCGCCGUCCGCCACCAUGAACAACACCCAUUCCAACAUCAUGCGCCUCUUACGCACCGCCAAGAACAUGGCCUCCUUGUCGGGGGUGAACGGCUCGCCGCACAGCGCCCUGGACUUCAUCCGGCGAGAAUCUUCUGUCUACGACAUCUCUGAGCACCGGCGCAGCUUGGCCGGCCACUCGGACUGCAAGCCUCCUUACAUGCCGGACGACAACAUGUUCAGUGACUACAUCAGUGAGGUGGAGAGGACGUUUGGAAACCUCCACCUGAAGGACAGCAACCUGUACCAGGACCACUACCUGCACCACCAUGGCUCCACGCUGGGCCUCAGCGGACCUCCGCCCAACAGGCCUCAGAGUUUGGGCAGUGCGAGUUCACUGGAGGGCGGCAUGUUCGACUGCGACAGCCUGGGCGGGGGGGUGGCUCCUAUUUUCAGCACCCAGCCCUGUUCCGCACUGACUCACAGGAACAUGAGCAAGUUUGACCUCCUGUCUGGACAGACUCCGCCCUCAGGCCAGAGCUUCAAGGGAGGCCAGCCAGACGUGUAUGGUAAGUUCUCUUUUAAAGGAGGAGCCUCAAGUUCCACCUUCAUCCCCGGGCACGGCUACUGUCCCGGAAGAGGAGAGGAAGAUGGGAAUAUACGCUCGGAUGUCUCGGACAUUUCCACGCACACCGUAACGUACGGGAACCUGGAGGGCAACGCCAAGAAGCGCAAAAAGUAUCGCGAUAGCCUGAAAAAGAGGCCGGCCUCUGCGAAGUCCAGACGGGAGCUGGACGAGAUCGAGCUGGGCUACCGGAGGAAACCGUACCACAUCAGCCACCACCACUACCACGGCCACCGCUCGGCCUCACCGCCUCUUCUGCCCCCUGAACGCAAAAGAGGAGGCAGUGGAAACAAUGAUGGGAACUAUCACGUCUUCAGAGAGAAGGAGAGCGUGAGGGAUUUCUAUUUGGACCAGUUUCGGCCCAAAGAAGGCGUCCCUCAGUGGGAGCACGUGGACCUGACCGAGGGCCCGGGGAGCAGAGAUGGAGCGGGGGGGCCCUGCACCACGCUGGUCCCGGUGGACGACUUCCUGAAGAGCAAACCCAAAAAGGUUGAUUCUAAGGGUGGGGGAGGAUCUGGAUUGGCCGGGGGAGAGUGGGAGUGCAGGAACUGUCGGGCCAGCGGGGUAGGAGGGGGCAAGCAGAUGUCCAUGCACGGAGGAGGAGGGGGGGGCGGCGGGUACGGUGGUGGCAUAAGCUGCGGGUCCUCGGGAGGCGGCGGGAACAGCCGCCCCAGCUCGGCGACCUGCAUGCGCUGCGAGGGCUGUAAAAAGACAGGAAACCUCUAUGACAUCAGCGAGGACAACAACCACCUCUUGGAACAGAUGGGGGUGGGUGGGGGGGGAGGGAUGGUUGCCGGCCCUCAGUCUCAAGCUCAGGCGCAGCAGAGGAGGAAGAGCGGAGGGUUCGGCAAGCCGCUCCGGCGGCAGCACUCGUACGAUGCGUUUGUCGACCUUCAGAAGGAGGAGUCGGGUGGGAUGGGCAGUCUGAUGGGUCUGGGAGGAGGUGGAGGGAUGGGGGGGGCAGGCAUGGGAGGGAUGCUGCCUCCACCCAGGAGCGUCAGCCUGAAGGAGAAGGAACGCUACAUGGAGGGCACUAGCCCCUUCGCACACAUAUUCGAGCGUCACGGCGGCUCGGAGAGAGAGAGGGAGCGAGACCGGGACCCGCUGUUCUACGGAGGCGAGAGUCGGAAGGGAAGCAGCUCGCCGUUCGGUUUGUUCCGAGGCGGCGACGGCCUCCACCGCCGCUCCAUCGGAGAGAGAGACACGAGAGACAGGGACAGGUCUCUGAUGGAAGGAGGGGGCGGAGGAGGGUUCUCUCUAUCCAAAUCUCUUUACCCCGACCGGGUAAACCAAAACCCCUUUAUACCCACGUUCGGGGACGACCAGUGUCUGAUGCACGGAGCCAAACAGUAUUACAUGAAGAAGCAACAGCACACGACGUCAUACCUGCCGGCGUCUGCCACGGCCGGGGUGGUCUCCAACGUGGCCCCCCGGUUCCCUAAAGAGCUCAGCCUGGGUGGGAUGAACCACCACGGCUCCAUGCUGGGGGUCGGCCCGCCGCGUCAAUUCAACGGAAGCAAUGGCCAUGUGUACGAGAAACUCUCCAGCAUUGAGUCUGACGUGUGA